GGUUACCAAGGAGAGAGGAAGAUGGCGGCAGGCAGGCUGGGCAGCAGGUAAUGCCGAAACACAUUUAGCAGGCAGAUAAUACGAGAGAUACAAGCGCCUGUACUGCAAAGUCUCGCCACCGUCCUUUAAGACUGUACUUAGAAGGAAAAGGGACACUAAUGGCGCUGCUCUACGGCUUGUUAUGGCGGCUCUUGCUAGUUGUCGUCCACGUCAACAGAGCGCUCAUCUCCUGGCUCCGUGUCCGACUUAAGAGCUGGAAGGGCCGGUUGUGGGAGCGCGCGAUGGCCGCCCUGCUACUGCCUUUAGCCGUGGCUGGGCUGUCGGAUCAUCAGAAGAAUUUAAAUCAUAACCCUGAUGCUAACGCUAACCCGGUAAAUGGAAACCGGAAUGCCAGCCGCCGGUCACGGUGGCUGUCUGACGGCAGGUCUCUGGAGAAACUGCCGGUCCACAUCGGCCUGUUGGUAGCGGAAGAAGAGCCCAGCUAUACGGACAUAGCCAACCUGGUGGUCUGGUGUAUGGCUGUCGGUAUAUCUUAUGUCAGCGUAUAUGAUCAUCACGGUAUCUUUCGGAAGAACAACUCCCGUCUGCUGGAGGAGAUAGUAAGGCAGCAGCAGGACCUGCUGGGUGUGGACGGAUCAAAAUACAGUGUGGAGUUCUUGAGCACUGGUAGUGAUCAUCAGCACCAUGUGGUUUCCUGCAGGCCCACAGUGAAAGUGUUGUCUCCAGAGGACGGGAAGCAAAGCAUUGUCCAGGCAGCGCAGCAGCUCUGUCGCUCUGUGGAGAACAAAGAGAGGAGCUCCAGAGACAUCAGCGUCUCCAUGCUAGAUGUCCUGCUCAGAGAGUCAAAGAACAUUCCAGACCCUGAGCUGGUGGUGAAGUUUGGUCCUGUGGACAGCACAUUAGGCUUCCUGCCCUGGCACAUCAGACUCACUGAAUUCAUCUCCCUACCCUCCCACAGAAACAUCUCCUACGAGGACGUGUUAGGUGCCCUGCAGCAGUACGGCGCCUGUCAGCAGCGGCUUGGCCAGUGAUGUGCAGACCACCCUCAGGUUCUUCAGACACAAAAAGGAGAGUUCGGACAGGUGGUGAGCCCUCACUACUCCUCUCCCCAACUCUGCCCAUCUCCUGCAUCUGUAUCAGCCUAAGACUCAAGCUUGAAGACAUGGAAACAAGUAGACAUAGCCAGCCAGCUCACUUCCUGCUACCAGCUCUCGUCCUAUAAUAAACUCACAUUCCAGGACAUCUGGAAAAGGCUCUCCAAGCCAUUAGAGACACAAGAAGACUGUCUGCACAGACUCUGCGUUCCACAAACCCUGUUCUGUCCUCUCAGACCCUCUGGCUCACUGUUUAUCAUUCAGGCUCCAGCUGCUGUUUACUGCUGGAGACUUAGAAAAUGACUAGCCUUCACGCAGCGCAUAACAAAGAAGAAACGCGGCUUUGUCCCCAUCUUCUACAGGCAUCCUGGGAAAGACAGCUGCAUUUUAGAGAGCAGCUGAACUACCAACAACACGAGUUUGGGCUUUGGGACAGAGUGCUUAAUAAUGUGUAAAUAUGAGAAAUUCAUGUGGCUCUGUGUUUAUCCCUGUGGCCCCCAGCUUGCAGUCAUGUGUUCAUGGUUUGUUUGUGACUCCUGUUAGACUGACCAAGCUCUGAAAUAAAGACCUGCACUGUC